AUGACCGCCCUCGUGUACGGAUUGGAGCGCCACAUCGCAGGUCCGUCGCGGUUUUCCGGUGGUGUGACUGGUGGUUUCCAAAUUCCCGAUGUUGUGGCUCGGGGGUUUGGGGUGCUGGGGGAACCCUGGGUACCUGAGUGGUAUCGGAAGCGGGAUGCCAGGAAAUGCGAUAACGAACGUGCUCGUCACUCGUGUGAUUGCUCCGCGGAGAACGGGGAGAACACGACGCUACUGAUGUACUCGAGUACAUACGACUAUUGGAACACUAGGAUUUCAAGGUAG